UCGAUUGAUCCGAGACCCGGCCGGUCGGCGACGGGGCUGCGUUCUCUUCUGGAGCCGAGGAUGGAGCCAGAAUCGGAGCUGGAAGAGGAAUCGAAGCUGAGACAGCGGCAGUUGUCAGUCACCAUUGCUCGAAUUGUGCAUCGCCUGCGGGGAUCACAGCUCCAUUCGGAGCUGGAACGGGAGGCGAGGACAAGCCUACAUAAAUCUGAGGUGCGGGUUGAAUCUUUGAAGGAGGAUCUGAAGGAAUUCUUGCGGAAAUCAGGCUGGGAAAAGAAGCUGCAGAAUGCUGUCUAUCGUGAGCUCAAUGUGCUUCCUGAACUUGGCCAUCCAUCUGCUCCACCUGAGCACACAAAGGAAGCAUUGACGUACAUAAGACGUGCCCAGGUAAACUGGGAAAAGCGUAUUCUGAAAAGUUUAAACAGUAUGUGCAUUGAGAUGAGCAUCCCUCUAGCAAAAAAGAGAUCAGCCGAUGAACAGAAAGAACUUCUGCACAAGUGGAAUGAGAUGGGCACUGACGAGCCAGAUUUGAGCCGUUUCCGACCAGUUUAUGCUCCUAAAGAUUUUCUAGAGGUUCUAAUUAAUCUUCGCAAUCCAAAUUAUGACAAUGGUGAUCCAACUGGUGUGCACAGUAGUUGGGGUUUAAUCAACAUUCCUUUACCAGUAAAAGACCUCCCAGAGCUGAGGGAAUUGUAUCCUGAACUAGGGUUGAAUUAUGAACAACUUGGUAUUGAUGAUUCAAUGCAGAUCGCUCCUGAAGCUUUUGAAACUGAGUACAUACUGCUAGGACAGAAAGUUUUGUCUGAGCAGGACAGUGCUGCAGCUCAGCAGUACGUUAGACAGGGAUGUCCAACAGCAUUGCGUGCAGACAUGUGGGCACUCAUUCUGAAUGUAAACAAUCAGCUGGAGGAUUCUUUAUAUUAUGAGCAGCUGAAAUCAAAUGUGAUUCAACAUGAUCUUUUAAUUGACAACCUCAUCUAUAAGGAUGUGAAGCUGACAGCCAGCAAUGAUGAUUACUACUUUGUGUUUGAAGAUUAUUUGUACCAGGUGCUCCUUUGCUUUUCUCGAGAUGCGCUGGUUCUUGAUCAUUUCAACUACAGUAGUGCAUCACCUCCCAAGUCAUAUGUCAAAGGGAAACUUGCAUUAGAAGAUUAUGCAGUUGUGUAUCCUCCAAAUGGAGUAGUUCCAUUUCAUGGAUUUGCAAUGUAUGUUGCACCACUGUGCUUUCUCUACCAUGAGCCAUCCAAACUCUACCAAGUUUUCCGUGAGAUGUAUGUAAGAUUUUUCUUCAGGCUUCAUAACAUCUCAUCCCAUUCCUCGGGAAUUGUAUCACUUUGCCUGGUGUUUGAGACGCUCAUUCAGACAUACCUUCCUCAACUCUUCUAUCAUCUACGUGAAAUUGGAGCACAACCGCUCCGGAUAUCAUUUAAAUGGAUGGUACGUGCAUUCUCAGGAUAUCUAGCAACUGAUCAACUCUUGUUUCUUUGGGAUAGGAUCCUGGGAUACAACUCUCUGGAAAUUCUUGCUGUGCUGGCAGCUGCUGUAUUUGCUUACAGAGCAGAAAACCUAAUGGAGGCAACAUCACUUGCUGCAGCUGAAGCUGUACUUGCUGAUCUUUCCACACUGCAGGUUAUGCCUCUUCUACAGCUUUUCCUGUUUGCUACUUCUAAUUAAACAAUAUUAUUUAAAAAGUUCAGAGAUGAAUAUGGAUAUGUACAUCACUUUGCCAAUUUCUUAAUAUACCUUAACAGUAUGAUUGAUGGUAAGCCAAUGGAUACAUGAAAAUGUCAAAUAAAAUUGCACAUGUGAAUGAAGUACUUUUUAUUUAAGUUAAUGUAAAAAUUGAUGAUACUAUUUAUGUUGAAUUUCAUGUGAUUGACAAAAGCACUGGGUGUACAAUUAAGAAUAACGUGAUUGUAAAAUUAAAAAAAUUAAAAACGAAA